AUGACUGCCGGGAACAUGUUCGAACCUACUCCCUCGCUGAGCCUACACCGCUUGAGCAGGCAUAGCCUCCAAGAUCGAUACGAGUCAGACGAGGAGGCCGUGUCGGAAUCCGAUACAGGCGUCCAAGAUCUACUUUCCUCGCCCGUGGGCUCACAAGCCGGAAUCUUUGAUUCAGAUCUCAGCGCCGACGAGAAUUCUCAUAUGGACCCUGAUUCUGACCGGGAUGAACAUAUUCUGGCUCCGCCAACAGUCAAACGGACCCGGCCUGUCUCGUCUGCUACUAUUAAGAGAAACAGCAAUGCCACCUUCGACGAAGAUACGUAUGUGUUUGAUCCGGAGGAGCAGAUGGUUCUUGAACUGCCACCGUCAGAUUCUCCACCACAACUGGCAUCCAGCACCUUUUUACAGCCAUCGAUAUACGUCUGGCCAAAACCACCGCAGCCGGCCAACUCAAGGUCUCGCUCUACUUCACCCUCGUCGGUAUUUUCAGUAGAGGAUGCAGAUAUUCAGGUUGCAAAGGAGGUGACCUUCAUGGAGCCCCGAACUCGUCCUACAGUGGUCUUGAUCAACGCCCUGGGGUCACGAUCAAAGACCUCAAAAUCCCGUCCCAGCCAUUCCCGCUCCCGCGAAAGCAGCCGCAACCGCUCCAUGCUUGUCAGGGUUGACAGCCGCCGACUGACAAUGUCACGCUUGUCAGACCCAGCCAAUAAGUCACCACGAGUAUCUGAGAAAAGGAGCACCAUGAUGCAGGCGCCCAAGACAGCUCCAACGCCAGCCCUAGAAGAAGAUACACACACCACCACGCACACUCCCAACCCAAGAGUACCGAACCCGACCGCGAACCUCAGCCUCCGACAAACCGGUGCCACCACCACUAAACCUGCGCACCCGCGGACCCCCUCAAUGCGCAGCGCAAGCAGCAACAGCGGGCCCACCUACACUUCCCGUCCAUCAACACCCUUCUCAGCCGAGGACGUCAAAACCAACAGCUUCACCGACACACCCUCCCAAUUCACUAGAGUCUGCAGCCCGGCCUCAAUCUCAUCAGCCUCCUCACCACCGCCAUACAUCACCUCGAAGCGCAGUGGCCCCUCAACAUACAGCGUAUCGGAUAUUCUCACCAGUCGCUCGCCGCUUAUGAUGCGUCACAUGACAAGGAAACACUCUGCAUCCAGCGUGCAUUCACUGAGUAGUCUGCGCUCAGAGGUCGGCGUUAAUGGUCCCUCUUCCUCGCAGAUCUCCGUCGCUACACAGCCCACCCCGCUUCCCAGUGCUGACUCCCGUGUCGUGCGAAAGUCUAGCCAGCGUCGCCAUACAAGGCAUACUAGCGUUUUUCCGAGUGGGAGGGGAUUCAUGGGAUUGAAGCUGGGGAAGAAGUCGCAUGCUAAGGCUUAG